AUGCAGUUUAACGCGCUUUUAUGGGCGCUGAUCCAAGCAGUGUGUUUGAUGUCGGUCGGCACUGCUGCAAGCUCCAACACGACCAAACACCUGGGUACGUCGUCCUUACUAACGUGCAUGGAAAACUCCCAGUUCACGGCUUCCUUUUUCGACGUGCAAUACCUGGCUCACAACAAAACCGUGACUUUCAAUAUCGAUGCUACCACGACCAUACAGGACAACAUCACCGCGCAUGUUGAAGUUAUCGUUUACGGGCUGAACGUUAUGGAAACAACGAUCGACCUGUGCAAGCUGGGCCAGAAAUCCCUGUGCCCUUUGCAGGCAGGCCGUAUCGACGUGAACUCUUACCAGGAGCUGGAUACAGACCUGGUCGACCAACUGCCGGGCGUAACCUACACUGUGCCUGACCUAGAUGCUCAGGUCCGUGUUGUGGUGUACUCCAAAAGUGACACUGAGCGCGAGAAUCCCUUGGCCUGUGUAGUCGCGCCCCUUACAAACGGGAAAACCGUCCAGACAAAGUAUGCUUCGUGGCCUAUCGCCGCCAUUUCGGGUAUCGGUGUUCUCACCUCCGGUUUUGUAUCAGUGCUCGGUCAUUCGACAACAGCAGCUCAUAUUGCGUCCAACUCUAUUUCGCUAUUCAUUUAUUUCCAGAACUUGGCCAUUACGUCGAUGAUGGGCGUAUCGAGAGUUCCUCCCAUCGCCGCUGCGUGGGCACAAAACUUCCAGUGGUCUAUGGGUAUCAUAAACGUGCAUUUCAUGCAAGAUAUUUUCGAUUGGUAUGUUCAGGCUACAGGAGGAGAAUCAACUGUGGUGGUGGCCAACAAAGAUAUUCUGUCUAUUUCCGUUCAAAAGAAAAGACUCAAAAGAGCUGUUGUCGAGGGUGCAAGACACCUGUACAAGCGAGUUUCUAUUUCCACCAGUGACAGUUUCGACGUGAGUUCUUUCAUGAAUCAGUCAAACCUGUAUACCACCAAUGAGAGAAACUCGACCAACUACGCCUCGAAAACACUUGUACUUCACGGUAUCCAACGUGUUGCUUUCAAAGCUGGAAUCGAACUUUCCAACUUUUUCCUCACCGGCGUCGUUUUCACGUUGUUUUUCGUCUUCGUCGUUGUAAUCGCUCUGAUGUUCUUCAAAGCACUUGUCGAGCUUCUCACAAGAGCCCGUGUUAUGGCUGAGUCGUCGAAAUUUUUCGAAUACAGAAAGAGCUGGGGAAAUAUCAUCAAAGGCACCCUAUUCAGACUCUGUAUCAUUGCCUUCCCACAGUUGUCGAUUUUGAGUAUUUGGGAGUUCACCCAGCGUGACUCUCCUGCUGUUGUUGUCGAUGCUGUCGCUGUUUUCAUAAUCGUCACUGCGGUGUUGCUUUACGGUAUCGUUAAGGUGAUUUUGAGAGGACGCGAGUCUACUCGGCUUUACAAAACCCCCGCGUACAUGCUUUACGGUGAUGCCAACUUUUUGAACCGGUACGGUUUCCUGUAUGUUCAGUUCAAGGCAGACAUGUACUGGUGGUUGAUUCCGUUCAUGGCAUACGCGCUAUUGAGAUCGAUUUUCGUGGCUGUUCUGCAAGACUUUGGCCGCGCGCAAGCCAUGGUGAUCUUCGUUGUCGAGCUGAUUUACUUCGUGGCUAUCUGCUGGAAGCGUCCGUACUUGGACAAACGUACUAAUGCGUUCAACAUUGUGAUCCAUUUGGUGAACUUUCUGAACUCCAUUUUCUUCCUAUUUUUCUCGGGCAUUUUCAAACAGCCACAGGUGGUGUCCUCUGUGAUGGCGGUGGUUUUGUUUGUUCUAAACGCUGUUUUUGCCUUGUUUUUGCUCAUCUUCACCAUUGUGACUUGCUCGUUGGCGUUGGUUCACAGAAAUCCUGAUUCUCGCUACCAGCCUAUGAAAGACGACCGUGUGUCUUUCAUCCCCAAGGUUCAGACCAACGGGGCGGCUUCGAAAUCCGAAACAGAGCUUUUCGAGCUUGGCAAAGCGGCAAUGGUCACCAACGAGGCCACCAAGUACCCUUCAAGCGGUGACAGCUCGUCCAGAAAUAAAAGUUCCAGAAAGCUGCUCUUUGACGACGAAGCGGACGACAGCACUCAAUUCGACGAACACUCUGGGUCCAGAGAAAAGCGUGCCUACAGCGGUGAACCCCAGGCGUUACAGCCCACCUCUGCGGUGCUGGGAUCCACUACAUUUGGUGCAAGCCCGUACCAGAAAGUGCCCACAGCUCCCACCGGUCGCAGUGCCCAGGAUUUGCGGGCUCCCGAGACGACCUUCAAUAAUAACACAUCCUACCAGGGAUUCGUAGGGAACUCCUCCAAUCCCUAUUCUGGAGGCAGGUCAUAUAUGUGA